AUGCUAGGUGAUCAUCUGAGCGCAUGUCCGGAUGGUACUGAUGAAAUGAGUAUGUCUGUGAAUUGGCAACUUCUACAGUGUUUCAAAGCGGACGAUGGUGCAUGUGCUCUUUUGCGUGAUCUUUCAUCAUCGAUUAACGAUAAACGAUACAUUCUUCCAUUUACCAGUCUAUGUGAUUCUCUUUGGGAUUUGCGUAAUGGUAUUGAUGAAACGAAUUGUGAUGAAUGGAUAUGUGAACAAGGAUGGGAAAAACAAAAAUCAUCAAUAAAUGGUAGUAGUACAGGUUAUUGUAUCGAUUCUCGUUGGUUUUGCAAUGAAAUAUGGGAUUUCUCAGAUGGUAGUGAUGAAUAUAACUGUACUUAUCCUCUCACACUUUCUGCACCAGACUGUCUGACAUUGACAAAGCCCGAAAUGAGAGUAUCUAUAUUAGAGGCAAACUCUGUCGCUGGCAAUGGUCUUGUUGAAUGUUUAGGCGGCAUCGAUGAACGAAAUACAUAUGCAUGUUUAGAUGGUUUUCCUUUAAGCAAUCGUUUUCUUUGCAGUGAUAACGUAACAUGUCUUUUGCCAAUGCAUUUAUGUGAUCAUCAUUAUGAUUGUCCAACAAAAGAAGAUGAAUCUGAUUUCUGGUGCGGUAAUCGAUCAUUAUUUUCGAAAAAUAUAUGUACAAAACAUACAUUUGCCUGUUUGGAAAUAAAUGAUUCAAGUCCAUGUAUACCCAACGAACAUCGAUGUAAUAAUCGUUUCCAAUGUAGACAAUCACAUCUUGAUGAAUAUAUGUGUGUCAAAGCACGCUAUCAAUCACAUGUUACUGUUACUCCGUUCCAGCCACCCAGAUUGCCUGCUGUUGCUGCUACUAUUGCCAGUAGAAGAAUGCCUUUUCAAUCACCAACCGUGUCGGCCUGGUAUUGUGAUCGAGGCUUACCUGUUAUUCGCUACAACCAAUUGGCAUGUUUGUGUCCCCCAAGUUUCUAUGGUGCACGGUGUGAACAACAUAAUCAUCGAAUAACAGUUGUAUUCAAAAUAGAAACAGAACAUGAUGAUCACAAAUAUCUUAUUCGUUUGGCUAUUCUUCUUCGUUAUACUCAAAAUACAACGAUCGAUCACAAAGUUGUAACAUAUUCAUCCAAUCAAUAUGGCAAACGUCGCCUCUAUUUGAAUUAUCCAUUUUCAAUGUAUGACAAUUUAUUUCGCCCUUCAUCUGAUUACACAUAUCGUUUGGCAGUUGUUUUUCAAUUUGACCAUGAUAAUGAGAAUCGACAACAAUGUUCUCGUGAACAGUUAGCCCAAUGUCAGCAUGGAAAAUGUUAUGUGAUCGCCAACAAUCAUACUGCAUAUUAUUGUGAAUGUUUGAAUGGUUGGAUGGGCAAGAAUUGUGAUAUUCUAUCUUCCUCUUGUUCAUGUUCACCUAAUUCGACAUGUAUACGCGACAACAAUAAACAUGGUGGUUUUAUCUGUAUUUGUGAAGCUCGUUCAUUCGGUUCCACUUGCCAUCUGCAUACUGUACCAUGUCCUUUGAACUAUUGUCUGAAUGGUGGUGUUUGCAGUGCUUCAACAAAUGAAAUAUUAAGCAAUUUUUUUCAAUGUACAUGUAAUGAUAAUUACUUUGGCGAACAAUGCCAGUAUAAGAAAGCUUCACUCAAUGUUACUCUUGAAAAUAGUACAUUUACACAUCCAUCAGUCAUUCAACUUCUUUCCUACGAUACAGAGAAAAUGGAAUUACAAAUUCAAAGACAAGAGAUCAUGAUUGGUUCGACAAAGUUCAUUCAAUACAAUAGUUUUCUCUUACCAUCUAUAGGCUUACUUAAAACUCACUCGGAUGCACUCGAUCAGACCUCAUUCUACUUGUUGUACACCGGCUUAAAUCAUUCAGCUCUUCAUCUCAAUGGAAAAGGUAUUCGAUGUUCACAUGCUCGUGAAUUUAAUCUCAUGCCUCUUGAUAGUUCCGUUGAGUCUCUCUUAAUUAAAUUGAAACAAUAUCACAAACCAUGUCAAAAAUCAACAACGAAUAUAUGUUUCUACGAUGAGCAAAGUUAUAUAUGUUUUUGUGCUGAUACCGACACAGUAAGACGAGCAACUUGCUUUCAGUAUGAUUUUACCUACGAUCAAUAUCGGCAAUGUAUGCAUGGUGGACGUUGUUUUGCUGGAAAUAAGAAAACGAACAAAAAUGAUUUCGUUUGUCAUUGUCCUCGAUGUAUUUAUGGUCCUUUAUGUCAAUAUCGAAUGGACCAUAUGGGUUUCUCUCUCGAAUCAAUGUUGGCUUUAGAUCUCGGUGGUAUGAAAGAAAGUAAGUUAGAAGCAGAUAUACUGAAUUUCGGAUAUCUCAAAUUUGCAUAG